AUCAAAAUUUGAUGGUGGUGUGAGAAAGAGGGGUGAGGGAGGUGUCGCCAGGACAACGGUGGAGAUUGAAGGAGCGUCGCGUCGACCUGGUGCCGGCGAGAAUACGGGUCACCGAACCGACACCAUACUCUACGCCGAAUCGUGGCGACAGGUUCGCACAUCGAUAUGCUACGCUGGACACGAGUAACGGUGACACACGUCAUGGUGCCGCGAUAAGGCACCACUCGGACCCCGUACGCGUGCGGAGGAACAAAUAGAUAAAUGAACGAGAGGUGAGGAAGAGCAGAAGGACGUAGAUGAGGGGAAGGGAUGGUAACAGAGGAGAAGGAGACAGUGGAAGACGAUAAAUAGAUGAAGACAGGGGAGGAAGAGACGGAGGUAGACGUGGGGACCGACGAACUCGUCGACGCGGCGCCAGUCGUCGAGUCGCCAUGUCACUGCGAGGAACUUGCCACUAUCUCGCGGGGGCUGCUGCGCUACGCGCCGGGUUGUAAAGGUUUGCCACGGGACGGCGGCGGCAGCGGCAGCGGCAAUACGGCUUAUACGGCCAGUAGGGGUUGCAGACCCAAGACGCGAGGGAGUAUCGUCAGUUCAGUGCCGUCGUUCGAGUUCCGCAAGUGGUGUGUACGACAACUAUCUGCAAAUUACGAUGAAUUUAUCAUUUACUGUAAGACAUUAAGUGCAUUUAGCAUUACGUUAUCGAAACAUUUAAAAGAUCACAAAAGUGACGCAUAAAUAUCGUAU